AUGGCCACCGCCCCGAGCCCCGCGCAGCAGGAGGCGGCCAAGUUCAGCCAGAUAUGCCGCAACUGCGCCAAGCCCACGGCGAUAAUCGAGGACCACCAGCAGGGCGAUCUCGUGUGCACCGAGUGCGGCCUCGUGCUCGAGUCUCGCGUCGUGGACGAGUCCUCGGAGUGGCGCACGUUCUCCGACAGCGACAAGGCGGGCGUGGACCCGAAUCGCACCGCGGGACCCACCAAUCGCAUGCUCGCGAACGGCGGGCUGAGCACGAGCAUCGGUAAAAAUCCCGACGGCACCUACAACCAGACGCUCACCCGCCUCCACAACCGGGGCGCGAAUCCGGAUCGCGCGCUGCUGCAGGCGUUCGGGAGGAUCGGCGAGAUGGCGGACCACCUCGGGAUGACGUCCGUGGUCAAAGACGGCGCGUGCGACAUCUACAGGACCGUCGUCAAGCCCGGGCAACCCUUGCUGGGCAAAUCGCAGCCCGCCAUGUUCGCCGCGAGCCUGUACAUCGCGUGCCGGCAGGAAGGGACGAACCGGACGUUCAAGGAGAUCUGCGGCGGCGCGCCCAACACCACCGUGAAGGAGAUCGGCCGGUGCUACAAGUACAUAGUCAAGGCCAUCGACGGCUUGAACACGCAGAUGAUGGAGCAGAUGAUCACGCCGGAGAAGCUCACGAACCGAUUCUGCGGCAACCUCGGCUUGGCCAACCUCGAGUUCCUGAAGCUGGCCACCGCGGUGAUCGCCACCUUUCGCUCGCUGCGAAUCACGGAGGGGCACACGAGCGAAAAGCAACCCGCGUCGGUGGCGGCGGCGGCGAUAUGGCUGUGCGUGCAGAUAUGGCGAGGCGAAGCCGCGGAGGGAAUCGACGUGAAGCGAAUAUCGGAGAUCUCCGGGAUGGCGGAGGCUACCAUCCUGACUUCGUACGCGGACAUGUACCCCUACGCCGCGAAGAUGCUGCCGGAGGCGUACGUGGAACGGAUACCGGAGCUGGAGGCGCCGAGAAUGGAUAAGAGCGACGCGGCCGCGCUGGAGGCGGGACUCGCGGGUCUCAUCGGGGAUGCCGAGCACGGGGCGUUGCUCUCGCUGCCGCCGCUGUGA